AUGGAGGGUCUCUUGACGGCAGUUAAAACUGUGAAGCGGGAUUCAGAUGCCCUCGUUACAUCUGCUGUCGAGUCCCAGCGUGGCGAUACUCCAGCAAAACAAGACUUGGAUCUUGAACAUCUAUCAUCACGUCACAUUAUAGAUCUACUGAAAAGCAGUCCUGAUCGUGAUCAGUUAUCUGCCAUCCUAGCAGCCCUUGAUCCCUUUAGAAAAUCCAACGCUACAAGGGAUUUCGACCUCCGGAUUGCAAGUCCCAUCACAGCACAGAUUCUCCAACUGUUAGUCAGCACCACGAUUCCAGAUCAUUGGAGUUCACUGGAUGCAAAAGAAAGCAAAGGCAAAGAUGCCAAAGCUCGAGCGGCACUAUUGAGGUGUCUCAGCAGCGUUGCAGGACUCGGUUCUUUGGUGGCUCAAUUGCGAUCCCUUAUCAACGCUGCCCGUGCUACUCCCCAGCAAGCCCAUGGUUCAAGCAGUCAAUUCAGUAUCCGAGAUCUCUUGUCUGUGAUCGCUGCUUUAUUAGAACCGAAGGACUUCCUCUUGCGUCUGUCCUGUGACAUUUCAGUCAUAUAUGACAGCAAAACCCGACAGCAAGUCACAUGGAGAGAGCUUGUAUCGCUCGUUGCUGCUGGCAAAAUUUUAUCUGUUGCAGCGGAGGCAUUUACUGUUAUCGAUGAGUCAGAACUAGUAUCUUCAAUCUCCUGGGUCGGAAAUGGUUCCCAAUACGCAUCAUGGCUUGGACGCAAUAUCUCUCAUAUGGUGCUGAAACUUACACCAAAUGACGAGAGUGAUUGGGCCUCGGUUGCUUUGUUGACAGGGCGAGCGUUGAGUCUUGGAUAUACAGAUCAGGUCGUGAAAGAGAUCUACUCCAGUGUCCUUCUUGAGCAGCCCUCGCCAGUGCAUUUUGGGCUCUUGAUAACCCAUCUCAGACGAACGGAGCAGCUUGCGGUUGUGGAGGCGAUCUUCCGUGAUGUACAGCGGAAGCACUUUUCGGAUGAUCUAUCUGGAGCAGUGGGCCAAUCAGUCACCCCUUCAGAGACCAUCAGAGGAGUGGCAAGUCUGUGUUCCACCCUUAUUUCCUCCCAACCGGACCUGGGAACCCAUGUCAUGGAAUGGCUCGCAAAAUCGCAGGGUGGCUCGGUUACCACGUUAGGACUGCGUCGUGCGCUCUUGGCUACAUUCAGUAACAGGGGUGACCUGUUGAAAUCGCUGCUUAUCCGCGCUCUUGAGCAAUUUGGAGAUAAGUUCUCCAUCAAGCAUGUCCCAAACGUUGUUCAGAAUGCGACUGCGCAAAUAAUUCUUCUUGCCGCGGGGCACCUUUAUCGGUUUGACCAAGCACAGAUGAAGGAAGUAGGCCGGUCAGGAGCAUAUCUUAAUGCGGUCUCCAACCGACUUGCCGCAUCCUCGAACAGAGCACGACUCCUUGGCAUGAUCGUUGGAACAGGAAUAUCUGAACUCAUUGAGGAACCGGGCAAGGCGUUGAAGUUUGACCUGGAGGAAAUGCAGAGUGAAGAAGCUCUCUGGUAUUUGAGUUUGACCAAAUUCCAAGAUGAGGUCGGUUCGCCGGAAACACUUCAAGCACUGAAAGAGAAGCUCCCUACAAAAUCACAACCGGUCCGCUCCAAGCCUGCACAAAAGCCGAAAGUACAAUUUUCUCGCCAGCAAACAAGUAAGAUUGUUGCCAUUGAAGAGAUCGAGGACAGCGAUGAAGAUGAGGACGAAGAUGAAGACGAUGAUCUCAUCCCAUAUGAAAAGCCAGAUGAUGAUGCAGAGGACUCCGAUGAUGAUCCCACAUUGAUCCAACGGAAUAAACCAACAGCACCUGUAUACAUCCGAGACUUGACCACACAUCUCAGGGACACUGAGAAUGUUGAGCGCCAUCAUCUCGCCAUCACCACCGCCCCAACCCUAAUUCGACGCAAGAUCGGAUUCGGAACCGAGCUUGCCGAGCAGAUUGAAGAGCUCGCUUUGACAAUCGUGGGUCUUCAAAAUGACAAUAAGCACCCAUCAUUCCAUGAAUCUCGCCUACAAAGCAUGGUUGCAUUGAUAGUGUCCCAACCACUCAAAAUGGGCCGCUGGUUUACUGCCAUCUACUUUGAUGGAGAUCUUUCCCAGGUUCAAAGGUCCGCUGUCCUCACAGCCCUAGGCUUAAGUGCUCGCGAGUUGGCUGGCAAUAGAGAAGAAGAUACCAAAGCGCUACGUCUCCCAAGCACGGGCGAUACCUCAUUCCCAUCUAAACGUCUCUCGCCUGCACUGGAGGCGAUGUAUUCAGAAGCAAAGGAAUCUCCUAUUGCAACCCUCACCCGGGAAAUUUCCCGUACAUCAUUGGAACCGCUCGCAGCCAACGCAGCGGAUACAAUGACCGGCCCUAACGCUCUCAAAGUACGCACCUUUUCCUCACGCAUGGAAGUUGAAAAGAAACGCCAGCAGCGUGAGGCGCAGCGUCAAAACUCUACAGUGAAGGAUCUUCAUAAGGUGCUUGCCGAGGGAUUUUUCUUCCCAUUGCAGGGCCGAUUCGAGAUCAUGAUGCUGCAAUUGUCAUCUUCCUCUACUCCGUCCUACAACCCAUUCUUCAUCCCGCAUCUCCUCACACUCUUCAUUCAAACCCUCACUCUCAUUCUCUCCACAACUGGUCCCCACACACCCUUCCUUGCAGGCCUCACUCACGAAACCUUUUCUUUCCUCUUGGCACUGCACACAGCUCCGGCAUCCAGCGAGCCGACCGUCACAGCCGCACUUCUAUCCCUGUUCCUAGCUGUGGUGGAUCUCAAUAUAGCGUCCGGUUCCAAUGGCGAGGAGCGCCUUGUCACCGAAUAUGCAACGCAGAUGAUGGAGUUGCGAGAAUGGGCUUCUCAGAUCUUUGACCGGACACCACCUUCCGCAGCCCGGGCCGAUCCCAGCUCGGCCGUGACUGACCCGCAGGAGCAGAUCCGUACUCUUGCUGCCGGCAUAAUGGUGCGGCUUGGGGAGGUCAUGCAGCGUUAUCAGGGACGAUUGAUGGGUGUUCAUUCUGGGUUCAACUAUUAA